AUGAAUCAAAAGAAGCGAAAAUUUAUUCACCAGCUGGCUGAACAUUACGGUCUAGAGACUCGGGCUUUUGACCCAGAGCCACAACGUCACGUCCAGGUGACUGCUCGACACGGUCUUGCUCGCCUUCCUGGUGGUACUGGCGGCCCACGUGCAAGUUUGUCCGGACAACUUGCACGUGAGUUCACAGGUCAUGUAACGAUGCCUGAGCCACAACCUGGUAUGAUUCUUUCCACUAAUGGACUGCGAAAUACGCAGCUUCACAGCCGUUCUGCAUGGUGCACGGGCCGCUCGUUUGCCGCUGUUGCUUCAAGUCGUCCAGGCCCAUUUCGUGGGCAUAACACUGUGGCAAUUUGCUCUAGGAUUCAAGAUGAUAGCAAAUGA